AUGGCGUCGCAAGGGUUCGGCUCGCGCUCAUUCGCCUCCACAAGGCUACCUGACCGAUCUAUGAACGCCAAUCCAACUCCCUUCGCCGCGUCUACCUUCUCCCGUCAACGACUAGCUCCAGGUUCAGGCGACCAAGGAGCCGACGCAGCAAGAUCAUCGCAACAGGCGCCACAGCCACCAGUGCAUUCACAGACCCACGGCCCUUCGCAGGACUCCAAUCCCCUGAGUCGAUUAACAGAGGAACAACGGGAAGAGAUCAAUGAAGCUUUUACCCUCUUCGACCUCGACCGCGACCAACACCUCGACUAUCAUGAACUUCGCGUCGCCUUUCGCGCCCUAGGCUUUACUCUCCCCAAGCAAGAACUCAUCUCCCUUCUCACCACCUACGGCGUACCCCGUCCUCAAGUCCAGCAGCAAUCCUCAGCCCAGCAACAACAACAGGCCAAGACCGCUCCCGCCACGAAUCCCCAGCACCCGUCCAAUCUGCUCAUGCCCCUCUCUGCGUUCCAGGCCGUGACGGCGCUGAAGAUCCUGGAGCGCGACCCCCGGGAUGAGAUUUUGCGAGCGUUCGAGCUCUUCGACGAGGGUGGCAAGGGGUACAUCGAUCUGGAGGAUCUGAGACGAGUUGCGCGGGAGUUGGGCGAGACAGGCCUCGAGGAAGAGGAACUCAGAGCUAUGAUUGAGGAGUUUGAUCUGGAGGGUGUGGGUGGUGUCACCCGGGAGGCGUUUGUGAGUAUAUGUUGGCAGUGA